GCGAGUCGCCCGAGGAGUCGCCGCGUUGAGCCCGAGAGCUUAGGGGGGCUUAGAGGCGCGCGCGCGAGUUCGCACCAGGGUGCUGAUAUUAAUCCCACACGUGCUGCCACGCUCGCAAGUCGCAAAUUCGAGCGGCGAAUUCCGCGGCUGAAGUCCCGGAGCCUCCUCGACGGUUUUUUCGACGCGUACUUACCGCGGUGUGACAGUGAGAGAAAAAAAAAGGAGAGAGAGAGAGAGACGGUGCGGCUCACAUCGGCGAUCUCGCUGCGUCCUCUCGACGGAAUCGGGGGGGGGAGGAAGUUACCCCGCUGCUACGGCGACACGUGAACGGAGGAUGGUGGAAUUUGACGCCGGAGCGAACGUGAAAAUCGAGUCCAACAGUGAGUGAACGUCGGGGUGAGAUUUUUCGUGAGUGAAAGAGAAAAAGAGAGGGAGAGAGAGAGAGAGAGAGAGAGAGAGAGAAGGGAAAUGGUGGCGGUGCGGUGGUGAAAAAUAGCGUCGCCGGGGAAUAACGGGCUGAAAAAGAGUCUCAGGCCCGGCACGCAGUGUCGAUGUUCGCGCGGUGCGUUUUGUCGGGAAUGUCCGGGUGGUGGUGAGUGAUCGCGAGGAAUUUUUCCGCUCGGUAACGCGCUCGGUCGAAUUGAAUCCGGCAUCGGCGGCCGCGGAUUCUCGCCGGUCGCGGCGAAGAGAGUCCCCGGCGCGAAUGUUCCGCACUUGCCGACUCGCGGACAUGAGGAGGAAGAUUCGCGCGGAAGAACCGUCCGCACGGAUUCGCCGCUACGUUCUCCGCGCUCACUACGAGAGAGGUUAGAAAAUCCGGCGGACCUUCGAGCGAAGUCGUCUCGAAGUCGUUGCGAUACGACGGCAUUCAUCGGCGAUAAGGGAGGCCGGUGUCCCUCUUUUGUGCGUCUUUCUCCGAAGUGCGCCCGAGAAAGUGUGACCAAUGUGCUACGGAGAGUACAACACACCGUGAAUCAAGUCCGUUCGUCCACAAGAGACUCUUUGCUUCCCUCCCUCUCUCGUUCUGAAACGCGCACUUUUCUUCCCCGUCCGUCCGUCUUUUCGAAAGAGAUGCAAAAGUGCUAGCCGAGUCUGCCGACCAAGUUUACUGACCUCCUCCGGCGGGGUUGGUGACUGUCGUUCGUGCGCGCGCGAGAGAGAGAGAGAGUGACGAAGGGAGACGCGGCCAGACGGGCUUUUGUGUCGGCCUGAAGAGCGUCUCACCGGGCAAACAGGGUGAGAUUACCUUCCUGGGGCUGCGUGUGGCUCUUCUCCGCGACUCUGUCGUCCGCGGGGAUCAGUGUUGAAUCGUCAGCUGCGUCACACGCUCGUCGUCGCGAUCCCGAGUGCAUGGUGGCGAGUGGCGAGGAAAUCGCGCGGCGUGCAUCGCACGCGGAGAGCGCCGACUGUCCGCGGGUCGACAGGAGCGAAAACGGCGGAGGGGCCGCGGCUCUGGCUCGCGUCGUGAGGAAAAGCGUCGCGCGGAGAAUCAGUGGAAAUGCGCUCGUAGCGAACCGACGUCGCCGUCGCCGCAAUCGGAUUUCUUCCAAGCACGCUGAGGUGGAGGAUGGAGGAGCUGGAGACGCUGGAGAGCACGGAGUGCCCGGAGUGCCCCGGGCCGCCCCCUGAGUUCCGGUUGCCGCCGCCCCCCCGGCCGCCCUUCCUCACCGAAGGCACCUUCUGCUCGGAAUCGCCCCUCGCCGAGCUCGAAGACUGCGUUGCCAUCCCGAUGAUCGACGCUUCUUAUCACACGAAUCCAUCGCUGCAGAGCACCGCUCUGAUCAUUACCUGUGCAGUGGUCCUUCUGCUGAUGGCCGCGAUCGUGUCCGUCGUCUUCUGGAAGCAUAAGCGGAAAGUGCAAAAUCUGCUGCCGUGCAAGAGCGCGGCGGGCGCGGCGGCAGUCGGCGGUCGGGGUCGCAUGCUACCUGACGGCCAGGCGCACGGGCCAGGCGGCGGCGGCAACGCCGCAGGUGCCGUUCUCUACGAGGACCUGCCGGACGCGAUGUCGCACUCGCAGUUGCACAACCACCUGCCGACGGCGACGGCGGGCCACCACGGCGGCCAAGCGCCGACGAUCGAGGUACGAAAUCCCGCGGCGCCACGCGAACAGAUGCUGGAUGUCAAGGAGGGCGGUAGAGGGGUAUUUGUCUGCAGCAGCCCCGGUCCUGAUCCUUACAUAUCGCAGGACCUCUAUAAUCCUGUCUACGAGGAGCUCAGCAACGGGGACCAUCCGGAGACGGACGAGGAGAGCGAGUUGAACGCCCGCAAUCGUCUGCAUCAUCACCAUCAUCACCACCGUCACCAUCACCGGGGCUCCACGUCGAAGCCAGCGAGCGAAGACGAGUUCGCCGAGGAUGAACUGUCGGUGGGCGAACCCUCCGAGGCAAGAAUGCUUACCUCGAACAGCGGCCCUACCUGGGGCACAUGUCCAGCCGGUGGCAGGCCACCGCGCGAACGACGCGGCAGGAGCCCCAGGAGCCUCGACCGACGCAGAAGAGACAAGAACCAUGACGUGGGCGAGUUCCACGAGGGUAUGCUGCUGGACGCGCUACUUCAACUCUACCCUAGCGUCGCAGGUGUAGCCGGUGCCCGCACGGGCAACAGCACUCAACGCCAACAGUCCGUCCCAUCGGUGGCGCACAGGUUACCGUAUUUCGUGCCGCCGUUGCCAGCCGCGCAGGCCCCGCGGCUCGAAGAGAACCCUUACGAGAGCGUGCCGGUACUGGGUCCGUUGCACCGCUACUCCAGCCAGAACAAGAACGGCAAGGAGCGCUCGCGCAGCAAGUCCGGCGACAAGUACAAGUACCUGUCGUCGUCGCAGCAGCAACAGCAACAGCAGUACAGCGGCGACUACUACGGGCUCCAGGGCCAACCCGACGUCACCGCGCCGCUCUACACCCAGGUGGGCGGCGAGUACUCCGACACGUACUCGCAGCCGAACGACCGACUCUUCGGCGACGACAAAUACAGCCAGCCGGUGUACUACUCCAACACCCGGGACUCGGACCAGGUGAGCGCCGGCAGGCUCUACCAGGGUCAGCCCGACAGCAGCUUCGGCAGCGACAGCGGCUACAGCCACCACACCUCCGGCACCACCGGCACCAGCGGCACCCGCGGCAGCAACUCCAGAACGAAUCAUCGCAGGGACAAGCACCGGAAUUCGCAUCAUUCGCAUCACUCCGCGGAUUACAUCGUGUCCUAAUGGAGCAUCGACUCUGCACAUCGGGAGGAAAGCUUCCCUCGGAGACGCGUUCUCGCCGUAACAUAAGAGGAAAGGAUGGGGGAGAACGGAGAGGGAGAAUGCGAAAUCUCGAUCGUGUUUCUUACAAGUCGUCGAACGGCUGACAAGAGGCUGAUGACGAGCGUGCUUAUUAAUCCGAGAAACUCCUAUUACGCAGGGAGAAACGCACACCUCGGCUGUGUUGAACUGUGUUGUAUUUUGAUACUUCAACGUCCACGGUUAAGAGUCAAUAAUAGUACCUCCAUCGCCUCGGUGAAUCGGGUGGUAGCGGUUAAGUGCGUACACAUGCGCG